AUGAAGGCAGAAGAAAACUAAUAAAAUUUAAGUGAUGAAAUUAGUUAAAAAAUAGACAUUGCCAAAAAGCUCUAGGAAAAAUUUGGAUUAAAUUUGAAUCUGCAGGUAAGAGAAAAGUUAGUUCUAAAGCACAUAAAUGAAGCACUCUUAAAUUAAAACAGGCUACAAAUCAAUCAAAAUGCUCCAAGAAAAGAAUAUCAAUUGCAGUAAAAAAUGAUUAAGUGUCUGCAGGAUAUCUUAAACUAUUAGUCGAAAUCAGCUUAACCUAUUUAAAGUCUGAUUUCAUAUCUUAACGAGGAGAAUCCUCAUGCCUAAAGUGUAGACAUAAGCUUGAAAUAGUUGGCUAGAAUGAUUGAAUUUUAAGCAUCUAAUAAUCGUAAUGCAUAGUUCAUGAAGGAUAAUAAUGAUCAGCAGCAAGAUACAAUUGUGAUAAAUUAUGAAAUAAAAAGAUAGCAAACUUAAUCAUAGAUUGAAACUAAAAAAACUGAGUAGUUGCUUGACUAUUUGGAGAAAGUAAUUUGGAGAUACUAUAUCUUAGUUAAAGUCAUUAAUCUAGCAACAGAAGAUCAAAUUGAACUCAGACCUAGAUCGGAAAUGUUCAAUGAAAUCAUCCCUGACAAAAAUAAACUCAAGAACAAUGUUUCUCUCACAUAUGAAUUCCUUUUGAAAUCACUUUUUAUGACAUUCACUGGGUUCUAAUCAUUAAUGCAUCAAUCAAGGCUAUAUAAAGAUUUAAAAGAGGUGAUAUCAGUAAGGAAUCUUGUCACCGAGCUAUUGAAUACCAUUCAAUAAUCUCUCUAAAUGGGAAAUAAAGCUGAAGGCUAGAGACAAAUUUCAAGUAAUGACUACUCUAAAAUGAAUAAGAAUAUUGAAAACUAUAAAAAUGACAUCCAGCAUUAGAUAUAAAGGAUUCAGUUAGAUGAUGACAGUGAUGAACAAUCUUAGUUAUCUGAUAAUCAGUUCAGCAACUUCCAGAACAAAUUACUUCAAUGUAAAUCUCUUACUAUAACUCUAAAAUUUGAAAUAGUGGUUAAAAAUAAGAUGAUUGAUAGUGAUCAGGGCUAUGAAAAAAGAUUGGAUCGUUUUAGCUCGAUAUCAAACUUCAAUGGUUAUUAAGAUCUUAGCAGUCCAAGCCCAGAUAAAAUCAACAAACAGUUAAAUCAAGAUAAAGCUAAUAGAAAAUAAACCUAUGCUUAAACUUCCUAAAAUGAUUAACUUGACAUCAAUAAAAUGGGCAGACAAAAAUCGAGGAUACCCUCAAUGCCUAGAUAGAAAACGAAAAAUCUUGAUUAAAUCGUUGAAUAGGCUGAGCCUGAAGAGAAUCAAGAUAACAUUGGUAAUGAUAGGAACAAAAUAUUAGCAAAAUUAUCAAUAGAGGUUGGGAAAUUUGAUAACAAUGAAAAUUAAUAGGUACUUUCCAAAGAUACUUAAGCAUAGACAAGGAUUUAGGUAGCGCCUUUUCAUCAGCCUCUAAAACUUUCAGUUACAGAUCAUGAUCAAGAUGAUAUUUUUGACAUUGAUGAGAGAAUUUGA